CGCGUUGAGAUUCAGAGGAGAAGGGACAGGAGCGCACCCGAGAAAAAAAAAAACAUGACUGCUUCAUCUAUGGCGCACAACGCGGGGAAACACCCCAGUGCCAAGGAGGAGAGAAAGCUAAGAAAGCCACUCAUUGAGAGGAAACGACGGGAGAGGAUAAACAAUUGUCUGGAUCAGCUGAAAGAAACUGUGAUCGGAGCGUUCAGACUUGAUCAAUCCAAACUGGAGAAAGCCGAUAUACUUGAGAUGACAGUGAAACAUCUGCAGAACAUCCAGAGCAGUAAACUCAACGACCCCACAUCAGGCCUGGAGGCCCAGCAGAAAUACAGCACAGGGUACAUCCAGUGCAUGCACGAGGUCCACAACAUGCUCCUCACUUGUGACUGGAUGGACAAAACUCUGGGCUCUCGCCUGCUCAACCACCUCCUCAAGUCCCUGCCCAGGUCCAGCAAUGAGCGGCCCCUCAGCCAGCCCACACCCAGACAUAGUCUCCCUCCUCAAACCAGCCAAGGUGCCCCCGGCACACCCCUCAGAGGAGAACCCCUGCCUGGGAGGCAGGUCCAGAGAGAGGGGGCAACUUGCCACGUAGCUGGACAUCAGGAGAGACCGACACUCCACAGCUCCCACCUGGGGAUGCUGGAGAUGUGGAGGCCCUGGUGAAGUGGUGGAUUAAUGAUCUUGGUUCUCCAUUUUGUUAGACCAUCCUCUGUUAUGUAUCUUAUAGAUAUGCUGCUCAGAAGACAAACAUGUGGGGCGGUUUUGUUCCAGUGAUUAUUAUUGUAGGUGUGCUGUAAUGAUUCUAUACAGACCUUUUCUCAGUACUUCCCUUCAGAAGUUGACUUCUUGUAGCCUGCAUUAUAGAAGGCUCUUAUUAAUCUUUCAUGUAUUUAUUGUAUUAACAGCUUUAUUUAUUUUAUAUUAUAAGGCAUGACUUUGCUUCUUAGACCUCUUGCUUGCCAUUGGAUAGAUUUUUAUGUCUUCCUCCACUGCUGUAUAA